AUGGAGUUUGAGAAGGCGUGGGAGGACAGGAACCCGCGGAAAGCCUAUGCUCUACUAAAACAGUAUAGCGGCAAAAUGAAAAGAUGUUCUCCUAUCCUCAACACUGCCAAUGGAGUAGCUGUCGGUGAAGCACCCCUUCCAAUUUGGAGAGAACACUUCAAGCUUUUGUUGAACCGGCUAGCACCGCCAGCUCCUGAACUUGAACACGUUCAUAUACCGACGUAUGCGGUUAACGAGGAGCCCGGGAUUGGCGCAGAAAUGCUAAAAUAUCUUCCUCCGUAUCAUCCGUUCAAUAUGGAUAGACGAAAGGAUACCUGA